AUGGUGUACUUUAUAACAGAGCAGGGCGCGGUGGCGUAUGCGGUGGCGGCGGCACCGCCGGACGCGUUUGAUAUGUUGCAGAGUAAGGAGUACUUGGCUGAGGAUUCGGAAGGGUCUGAAAAGAUUCCGAUGGUCGUCCGUCACAACUUCGACUGGUUUGAAGAAUUCAAGCGACUGAAGUUCUAUUUGCCAGGAGAGUCGUCGGGGGUGCCAGACCCCGAGGCGGCAGACCCUGAGGCGGCAGACCCCGAGGCGACAGAUCCUGAGGUGGCAGACCUCGAGGGUCCGAUGUCGCAGGUGGAAGGCAUUGUGUUUGGCCAGCUGAUGAAGCGACUGACUAGGUUGGGGUUGGACACCACUCAGCCCGAGGGCUGCGACGAUCUCGUUCGCGAAAUUUUCGGAGCGCGACCCAUCGAACUAUUGGAACGAGACACCGGCGGCGACGAAGUCUCCCUCGUCUACUCGGGCGAGCUGAAGCCGGAGGAGGUCCAGAACUUCUUGAAGCACUCAUCCAAAGAGUGGAGGACUCUCUUCGACCCCCGCCCCUCCCCUCCCUCCUGUUACGCCCCUAUUUCCUGUGGCCUGCCGUCGCCGUCGGCUUCACCGCGGGCACCAUGGCCUUGUACUGGGCCGUCAAGAUGCUGCGCCAUCACUACAAUGAAACAGCCCCCAUAA